GAGUUGUUAGAAAUUAAGAAUAGUAAAUAGUAGAAGGAGAUUUAAUUUAAGGAAGAAAGAAAAAAAGUUGAGAGAAAAAGAGGAAGAAAGGUUUGUAACCAGGUGUAUGGUUAAAGAUGGAUUCAAAAGCAAGCUCCUCAUAAAAGUCAAUUUUCUUCACGGGUAAUCUCGAGUCAUUCCAGUUCAAAAGUUCACACGCAAACCAAACCAAACCCUCUCUCUCCUCUCUAGAAAUUUGGCAAAAAAGCAUACAAAGUUAAUAUUCACCACCCUUGUAAUAGAAAAGCAGACGGCAGAAUUAAAUGUGGCAGAGCUCACAUUUGGGUUUGCGACGCCCACUAGUUUGAUCAGGAAAGAAAUAUCAUCUUGGAAGUUUGAGAUUGAUUGUUUGGUGGCUAUGUCUGUGGAGUCGAGCUCCGGUUCAGGCGAUCAUGGCGGGCACAACAUCAAAGGCGUGGCGACUCACGGCGGAAGAUACGUGCAGUACAAUGUGUACGGAAAUCUCUUCGAGGUUUCCAGAAAGUAUGUUCCUCUCAGGCCUGUCGGCCGUGGAGCUUAUGGCAUUGUCUGCGCGGCUGUGAACUCCGAGACACGUGAAGAAGUCGCCAUUAAGAAGAUCGGCAACGCAUUCGACAACAGGAUUGAUGCAAAGAGGACGUUACGCGAAAUAAAACUUCUGCGCCACAUGAACCAUGACAAUGUGGUCGCCAUUAAAGACAUCAUACGGCCUCCGCAAAAGGAGAACUUCAACGACGUCUACAUCGUGUAUGAACUUAUGGACACUGAUCUUCAUCAGAUUAUCCAGUCCAACCAGACAUUGACUGACGACCACUGUCGGUAUUUUCUGUACCAAAUAUUGAGAGGGCUUAAAUAUGUUCAUUCCGCAAAUGUGUUGCACCGUGAUCUGAAACCGAGUAAUUUGCUCCUCAACGCCAACUGUGAUCUGAAAAUCGGAGAUUUCGGGCUUGCGAGGACGACGUCUGAGACGGAUUUCAUGACCGAGUACGUCGUCACUCGCUGGUACCGAGCGCCGGAGCUGCUCCUAAACUGCUCGGAAUACACGGCCGCGAUAGAUAUCUGGUCCGUCGGCUGCAUACUCGGCGAGAUCAUGACUCGGAAGCCUCUCUUUCCUGGCAAAGAUUAUGUCCAUCAGUUGAGACUCAUCACUGAGCUCAUAGGUUCUCCCGACGACGCCAGCCUCGGUUUCCUCAGGAGCGACAACGCCCGGAGAUACGUCAGGCAGCUGCCGCAAUACGUGAAGCAGCAAUUCUCCUCCAGAUUCCCCAACACUUCAGCUGGAGCUCUUGAUUUGCUAGAAAAAAUGCUCGUCUUCGACCCUAGCAAGCGUAUUACUGGUACGGGUGCUAUUGUUCGGCUUUGUGUUCGUUUGAAUUUUAUCUUUUUAAUUAUGAAAAUAUAUGCAGUCGAUGAGGCUCUCUGCCAUCAGUACUUGGCGCCUCUUCACGACAUCAACGAGGAGCCCGUCUGCCCCCGCCCUUUCGUUUUCGACUUUGAGCUGCCGUCGUUCACGGAGGAAAACAUCAAAGAGCUCAUCUGGAGGGAGUCGGUGAAAUUCAACCCCGACCCGAGUCACUGAGGAAUGUAAUGGUAGACGAGCUUCUAACAUCUGCAGAAACAUGUAUUGAAACAAACGUAAGUAGUCCCCAAAGAGGAGAUGAUUACUAAUAAUUGUAGUCGAUACAUAUUUGUCUAUUUGACUAUUAUCUUUGCAGUUGAGUAUAUUGUUGUACAAAAUAGCUCAAGUUUAACCUUGAUGUUUCUCUGCUAAAAUUUUGAGUGAUAAACCUUAAAAUUCCCUCAUUUGGUAAAUAAAUGCAUCUUUCAUUA